GAUCAAAGAAAACAAACAAAGUCAAGAUGAAAUCGAUGAUCAUUUUCGCCGCCGUCCUGGCUUUUGCCUUUGCCAUUCCCUCUCCGAAAGCUGAUCCCAAGCCUUCCGGUGUUGCCGCCUACUCAGUACCAGCCGUGCCCUACGUUUAUGCCGCUUCUGCUCCAGCAGUAUCUUAUUCGGCUCCGGUUUCUUACGCAGUUCCAGUCAGCUACUCUUCCUACAGCGCCCCCGUUGUAUCUUACUCUUCUUACCCUUACUCAUACGGCUACGCCGGUGACCACUACGUUUGGUAAUUUCAUUAUAAAAAUAUGCGAAACUGAGCCCUUUUGUACUAAAUUUCCGUUUUGUAAAUAAAUGUUGACAGUUACAUUA